AUGCCGCGGAUGGGUCUCAUCGUAUUGCUCGACGAGACCCAGAACAUCGACAAACAGCUGGACACGAGGCUUCCAGCUGUCUCAGGCUGUUCAAACUGCGCUCCACCAGAAGGCGUUGACCACCGUCAUAAUCCACAAAAGGACGUGGUUGUGGAGGGAAUACCUGAUCCAGCUCGAGGGUCGGAUCAGCUUGAUGUUCAGGGACUGAACCCUGUAACCGAUCAGUUACACGAUGACCUGGCUUAUGGACGGCCUCGGCGUCUUGACCUUAAUGACUUUGUAAAGGAUAAUUACAAUUCCUUAGCGCUCCAUCGUUCAAACGAUUGUGCCGCGUUUGCGUUCGCGCAACUUGAGAACGAACGCUCGAUGCGUUCUAUACGUGACCAGCUGAAUGCAGCUCGUCAGGACAUCGCUGAACUGCGUGAACAGGUCCCUUCGCUAGUCGACCGGACUGUCUCGUUGAAAAGGGACCAAUCGAAGGUGGUCUCGGCCCUAGACCGCGGAGGUAUUCUUCGCCUCUCGAAACGGGCUCGUACUGAUAGUGCGGGCGGAGACGUCCAGCGCAAAACAUUGAAUGCGUACACAUCCUACGAGACAGUUUAA